CAAUAUGGCUGCCCCCUAUGAAAUGUAUCUUGGUGAGGGUCAACUCGUUAAAAGUUGCCUUUUAAUUAAGUAAUGCGAUUUGGUGUCUUGCUGAAUGCAGUGUACAUACAGUAUGGUGCUUUGACAGAGGGUUAGUACAUGGUGGUAUUUCCUGUGUACCACCACCAUGGCAUCUGAAGAGAAUGAUGAUGACUGGAAGAUGAAGGAAUUUCUCAAAUCAACAAAAAGUGUGCGUGGAGGGUACAGAGUUGGAGCAGGGCGACCCAAAAAAUAUGUGGGCAUGGACAGGAAAGAAGUGAGGAAAAUGUACCGUAGGAUGCAGAGAAAUGCCAGCAUUCAGUUGCCUUCAUCUUAUACACAGCCCUGGCAGAGAGAGAAGUCCAGACUGGGACUCAUAUCUGAUUCACAAUUUAUUCAACAUCUGCUCAACCUCAGUCAAAAUUUAAGUGAAAAUGGCAGACAGCAUGGCCUGUCCUCCAACCUGGCGCCCCCUAUUUCUCACCUGUCCAGCACCUGCCAAGACGAGGAUUCCAUUGUAGACAAUGACUCUUCCACAGGGAACAUUCAGAGAACAAACUUACAGACUAGAAUGAUGCCACUUAAGCACAGACAGGCCACACCUUCCAUUUCAUUAUCCAGAUUUGUGUAUGAUGAUUUUGAUGCUGCUAGAAUUGAGAUGGAGAAAGAUAAUGAUGGUUUUGUCAAAUAUCUACUUAAACUACAUUAUAGGCAUUGUGUUGAGGGUGAUGAGAUGAACUACUCAGACCUUGGAGGCUCAGAGAGUGAAGCUGCUGAAAUGGAAGAUAUUCAACAACAGGAUGCUCACCAAGAUAAAGAUUGCAGAAAUGAACAUGUAGAACCUCAAGUUGAUAAUAGAAAUACUCAGGAUGAAGUCUUAGAUCUGUCCACUGUGCGUGUGAAGAAAGAAGGGGAGAGAACACUGGAUAAUCUCUAUACUAAAACUUGGUCUAAUCAGAGAAUGGAAGACCAAUCAAUGUCAGCUACACAGAAAGUAGACAUGGACACGAGACACACAGACUCAGUAAAUAGAUCUGCCAACUACAACAAGAAACUGGUAUUUAUCAAUGCUGUUGAUCCGGCUUCCAAAAAUACUGCCAAUGUGACUGCGUCAACAGCUGCACCAGCCGUUGCCACGGCAACUUCUGGUUAUUUAUCCCAGCAGCUCAGCACCAGCAAGUUAUCCCAGCCAGUGUCCAGUAUGGUGGACCAGGUGGGCUUCCCUGUCAUGAUGGCCACUGGGAUAGGCUCCUAUGCUUCAGUUAACCAAGCCAUCCCAUUGUUGGCAAUACCCACCUCUUUCAGUCCAAAUAUUCCCAGUGGCACAGCAGCCUGGUCAGUGCCAGUGAACAAUUACAGUAAUAGUAGCCAGUCUUCCAGCAGUAACAUUACCAUGUCAGGGACAGCAGACUCCCCCAGUGGUUUACCGUCCUCAGUGACAGUACGGGAAUUGAUAUAUGGAGAUCACACUGGUCAGAGAGGAAGGAGAAGGAAAACCCAGUGGACACAUUACACUCCUCAUCUCUCUACCAGUCACCCUGCUAUGGCCACAGCUGCUGUGGAUACUCCGUCCAAUGCCACAUAUGACUCUGUCCAUCAGGGGCCUGUAAGCACAGCCAGAACUGCUCACAGCGCCCCGACCAGUGCCUUUACUGCCACAGAGAGGUCUGCCUUGUCACAGAUUGACACUGCCAAGACAAGAGAUGUCCCUCUCAAACAAAAGUCUAAAAUUGUUCAAUACCAGUUGAUGCAUCCAGGGAAAGAACGAGUCACAAAAAGUGGAGUUACAUUUUGUGAGUUUCGCUUCACAGAUCGCCAUCUUGUCCAGCCCAAAGUCCGAGGUUAUGGAGGAAAGAAGCUGUCGUCCGUGCCUAAGAGAUAUUCUCCCAGAAAACGCCAGGAGCCUAUUCCAGGGACUUGCAAGUUCAAGUUGGAUAAAGAGACAGGAGAUCUUGUCAGAAAAGAAAGAACUUGGAUGCCUCCCAUAGUUCAAGAUGAACAGGGCAUUGUGUUGAGGGUGAUGAGAUGA